AUGCCUGGAGCCAGCCUGAGUUGUAAUGAGGAAUCAAAGCUGAUUGGGGACCUGUUCAGAGGCUACAACAAGAGUAUUUGUCCAGCAGUGCACCCCACAGACAAGGUGGAGGUGCAGGUCAAGCUGAUUCUCACCAACAUCAUCUCCCUGCAAUGGAAUGAUAUUCGCCUAGCCUGGAACACCUCUGUGUAUUUUGGCAUUGAAGUUAUCCGUGUGCCUUACAACACAGUAUGGCUCCCUGAGAUCGUCCUUGAGAACAACAUUGAUGGCAAGUUUGAUGUGGCCUACUAUGCCAAUGUGUUGAUCUAUUCCAGUAGCUACAUGUACUGGCUGCCUCCAGCGAUCUACCGCAGCACGUAUAGAGAUCACCUACUUCUAACCUCCCCUUUGACUACCAGAACUGCACCUUGGUCUUCAGAGAACGGUGAGUGGGCCAUAAAGCACAGGCCAGCCAGGGAGCUGAUCAACUCACGCUACACUCCUGAUGACCUGGAGUACCAGGAGAUCUCCUUCAACCUGGUCAUCCAGAGAGAACCUCUAUUCUACAUCAUCAACAUCAUCCUGCCCUGCUCACUCAUCUCCUCCCUGGUCGUCCUGGCCUACCUCCUACCUGCACAGGAUUGGGGACAGAAGUUGACUGUGUCCAUCUCUGUCCUGCUCCCUCAGACUGUCUUCCUAUUUCUUAUUGCUCAGAAGGUCCCUGAGACAUCUCUCAAUGUCCCACUCAUUAGCAAGUACCUGAAUCUUUGUCAUGUCUGUGACCACACUCAUCGCCACCAACCAAAUCGUGUGGAUGGCAUUAUGAGCACCACAGCCAUCCUGUACAAGAGCCUCGCCCAAGCUGCUCCUGAGAUCAAGGAAUAUGUGGAUGCCUGUAACUUUAUCGCUGAGAGCACAAAGCAAGCAAAUGACAUUGGGUCAGAAAUGGAGAGUUGGGUAUUGAUCGGGAAGAUGAUUGACAAGGUGUGUUUCUGGGUGGCCAUGGCCCUCUUCUCCAUCGGAACUGUCGCCAUAUUCCUCACGGGACAUUUUAACUCAGUUCCUGAGUUUCCAUUUCCUGGGGAAAACAAACAAUACCUCCCCAGUUAGGAGGACAAGGCAACGCCCCUUCUCUUAACUUGGUCACAGAUUAUAUGAAUCCUCAUCAUUGUCUUCAUAUCAUUGAGACUUAAGUUGUCUUGCUCAUUUCUUCACUUACAGUGCAUUCGGAAAGUAUUCAGACCCCUUGACUUUUUCCAUGUUUUGUUAUAUUACAGCCUUAUUCUAAAAUGUCUUAUAGAUCCCCCCCCCCUCAAUCUACACACAAUACCCCAUAAUGACAAAGGAGAAACAGGUUUUUAGAAAUUUGUAUUUAACCUUUAUUUAACUUUAUUUAAAAUAUCACAUUUACAUAAGUAUUCAUAGCCUUUACUCAUUACUUUGUUGAAGCACCUUUGGCAGCGAUUACAGCCUUGAGUCUUGUUGGGUAUGACGCUACAACCUUGGUACACCUGUAUUUGGAGAGUUUCUCCCAGUCUUCUCUGCAGAUCCUUGAAAGCUCUGUCAGGUUGGAUGGGGAGAGUUGCUGCAGAGCUAUUUUCAGGUCUCUCCAAAGAUGUUCGAUCGGGUUCAAGUCCAGGCUCUGGCUGGGCCAAUCAAGGACAUUCAGAGACUUGUCCCAAAGCCACUCCUGCGUUGCCUUGGCUGCGUGCUUAGGGUCGUUGUCCUUUUAGAAGGUUGAACCUUCGCCCCCAGUCUGAGGUCCUGAGUGCUCUGGAGCAGGUUUUCAUUAAGGAUCUCUGUACUUUGCGCCAUUCAUCUUUCCCUCAAUUCUGACUAGUCUCCCAGUCCCUGCCAUUGAAAAACAUCCUCACAGCAUGAUGCUGCCACCACCAUGCUUCAACGUAGGGAUGGUGCCAGGUUUCUUCCAGACGUGAUGCUUGGCAUCCAGGCCAAAGAGUUAUCUUGGUUUACACCAGACCAGAGAAUCUUGUUUGUCAUGGUCUGAGAGUCCUUUAGGUGCCCUUUGGCAAACUCCAAGCGGGCUGUCAUGUGCCUUUCAUUGAGGAGUGGCUUCUGUCUGGCCACUCUACCAUAAAGGCCUGAUUGGUAGAGUGCUGCAGAGAGUUGUUCUUCUGGAAGGGUCUCCAAUCUCCACAGAGGAACUCUGGAGCUCUGUCAGUGACCAUUGGGUUCUUGGUCACCUCCUUGGCGAAGGCCCUUCUCCUCUGAUUGCUCAGUUUGGCCCGGCAGCCAGCUCUAGGAAGAGUCUUGGUGGUUCCAAACUUCUGGAUGCCACUGUGUUCUUGGGGACCUUCAAUGCUGCUGAAAUUUGUUGGUACCCUUCCCCAGAUCUGUGCCUCGACACAAUCCUGUCUCUGAGCUGUACGGAUAAUUCCUUUGACCUCAUUGCUUGGUUUUUGCUCUGACAUGCACUGUCUACUGUGGGACAUUUACAUUUACAUUUAAGUCAUUUAGCAGACGCUCUUAUCCAGAGCGACUUACAAAUUGGGACCUUAUAUAGACAGGUGUGUACCGUUCCAAAUCAUGUCCAAUCAAUUGAUUCUACCACAUGCGGACUCCAAUCAAGUUGUAGAAUCAUCAAUGGAAACAGGAUGCACCUGAACUCAAUUUCAAGUCUCAUAGCAAAGGGUCUGAAUACUUAUAUAAAUAAGGCAUUUCUGUUUUUUAUUUUUAAAAACCUGUUUUUCGCUUUGUCAUUAUGGGGAAUUGUGUGUAGAUAAUGAAAAAUAUAUAUUUAAUACAUUUUAGAAUACGGCUGUAAUGUUACAAAAUGUGGAAAAGGUCAAGGGGUCUGAAUACUUCCCGACUGUACUGCUUACUUAUUAGUCUUUUUGGCAGUAGAUGACUGAAAAUGCCAUCGUCUUGAUAUCAUGUCCUCCUAUUUGAUAAAUAUUUCAAACUGUGUUUUGUGUUUUACCCUAACCAUCUCUUGUUACACGUGUGUAUUCUAUUUUUUAGUAAGCCAUGUGACAUGAACAUGCCAAAAUAAAUAAACAGUUUGAGGCAAAGCAGUUGUGAUUUAAUUCAGUAAGUCUGCUGUGGGCUUUGCUUGGUUAGAACAAAAUGAAGAAGCCAGAUCUCGGUUUCAGCCCUCACACUGCCUUAGGAUGAAGUGCAGGUCUCCUAUACCCUAUAGAAUACUUGUCUGUCUUGUAUCUCACUGUAUGGUGAUGUAUAUGUGACACAGGUCUUUACUGAUGGAUAUAAUGCAAUUUGUAAUGUAAGAAGACCAUAAUACUCUAAGAAUAUUAGAUUUAGCUAGUUACUUUAUUUUACACACGAUACAUUUACAUGGUUAAUGAAUUGUUCUGUUUAACUUGUACAAAAUAAUGAUACAAUGAACCAGACACUUAAUUCAAAGUUAAACUGAGGCCUUGCUUUCCUUUCUGCCCAAUUGGUGCCUCAUUUAUAAAAUGUUAUAUAAUUAAACAAUUCACUUUUGUAUACAAUUAAAACACCUAUGCUGCUGAUGUUGGCAUACACAAAUCAUCAUGAUCCACAAUUAGUUUGUUUUACAUUAUGUCAUUGGAUAUGGAGUUUUCGCAUCAAGAGGAUGUGUUGGAUGGUACAUAGUCAGCAAAAACAUUGGAGAUUCAAACCAUUACUGGAACGUACUGUGUUUUACUGUUAGUAUUUUAUGUUAUUAAUACUGUGAAAAUUAAAUAAAUACUUUUUUUUAAAUCAAAA